CACGACCACGUGCAACGGACGUUCUCUUGACAAGAUGGCGUCGAUGGAGAAAGAGUAUUUUUGGGGUUGUGAAUUGAGUAAAGAUAAGAAGGAAUAUAAGUGGGAUUCGGAAGAUGAAGAACUUGGCAAAGCAGACAUCGAGCAGAAGCUUGUCGUAACCCAGGCAUGUCUUGGUGCAAAAGCCAAACCUAACGAAAGAAAUCUUGUACAAGUCACCACAACAGACAGUAGUGAUAACUCAGUGACAUUCACCAUUCUAUCAUUGGCUUCUGGAAGAAAAGACCAGAGUAAGCUUAGUCUGGCAUUUCCAGCAUCAGUUGUUUUUAAGCUUAUAGAAGGCUCAGGACCAAUUCACUUGACUGGUUCUGUAUAUCAAGAACUAUUUCUAGGGGAUGACGAUGAAGAAGAGAGCGGUGAAGAUGAGGAUGAGGAAUCUGAAGUAGUUUUAUCAGAGGCUAAGGAGUCUGUGAAGAAGAGACCACUAACAACACCUAAGGGACCACCAACGAAGAUUGCUCGAGUUGAAGCUGAAGGCGAUGAAGAAAGUGAUGAUGAUGAUGAUGAUGAUGAGGAAGAGGACUCAAGUGAAGAAUCCAUGGAAAUGGAAGCAGAUGCUAAACAGAAAAAACCUGCAGAGACUCCAAAAACAACUAAAAACAAACCAGAAGGUAAAGAUGCCAAACCAGUGAAGAGCACAAGUGAGGAGGAUGAGGAGGACAGUGAAGAGGACAGUGACGAUGAUGAUGAUGAUGAUGAUUAUGAUGAAGAAGAUGAAUCUGGUGAGGAUGAUGAUGACGAUGAUGAGGAUGAAAGUGAUGAAGAAGAUGAGAUUGCUGCCAGCUUAGCAGCAAAGAAAAAGAUGGAAGGGAAAGCAAAUAAAAAGCCACCAAUGACAAAUGGAGUUGCUAAAGCAGACAAAAAGGAUAAAACAGAAAAGCAAAACAAGAUUCCAGCUCAACAGCCCAGUACACCAAAAACUGAUGGGAAAAAAGAUCAGGGGAAGAAGGCUGGAGCUAAAACUCCAGAAGUGCUAUCUAUGGACAAAAUUAAAGAGAAGUUACUCAAGACGCCAAAUCUUCCAAAGAAGGUGGAAAAGUUCAAGAACUAUUUGAAGCACUCAUACAAAAUCACAGAUGAGGCUGAGUCAACGAAACUCUGGGACUGGUUGAAGGAGAACAAGUAGAAUCAAGACCUCUUCUCUUGUAUCCAUCACUCUGCCUAGAGAGUAAAUUAAAAUCGUUUUUUACAGA